AUGAAAACACAGACCACAAUAAGCAUUUUGCUUGUCAUCGUCGCAUUUGCCAUCUUUGCAACGGCGCAGAGUAAGUAUAACCCUUUUUUAUCUUUCUUUGUAACUUCUCUAUCGAUUGUUUAUCCACUCUUCCAACAAGUUUCUAAACUAAGCGAAACAAUAGUUGAUUUUUUUGUUUUUAUCAUUUCCUGAAAAAUUGCUCAUUAGUUUUCGUUUUCUGCUAGCGAACCUUUUAGUUCGUACGAGGUCUAAUACUUAUGUCGGCUUUUCAAUCAUUAUCAUAUUUAUUACAAUCAUGUUUUCACGAGCUGUCAGUGUCCACUCUUAUGUGGUUCAAGGGCUAAGUAUUCGAUGGUGUUAAUGACUAAUGAUUUAUUUCUCUCACAGAAUGUGAGGACCACAUGGAAGCAAAAACUUGCCAGUACUUUAUCAAAAUAUAUGGCAAGAAAAACAUUGAUGUCUGCAAGUGGAAACACAUGAGGACCAACUGCGCUUUGACUUGCAAAAUUUGUGGUAAGAUACUGAAAAAGUUCUUGCACACAGAGCUGACUGCAUGCGUUUUGAUCAUAAGCAGAAUAUCAUUGAGUGCUCUUAGUCUGAGGAUCUCAGACUUCUUUCCUACUUCAAUGAAAGUGGACAGGUCUCGCAAAUAGAGGAAAUCUCGACAAUGAAAAAAGCCUGACAUGAAUUUGAAAUUGAUGAGAGGGAACAGGUGAAAUGUUAUCAAAUAUUUGCAUCGCCCGAAUCACCAAUUUUUUUGUAUUUAGCUCACAUUAAUCAUCAGGAAAAUUUCUGUUUCUCUCUGUACAGUACCCAGACCAAAAUGUGCAACAUCACGAAGCAGAUACGGCUGCUGCUGGGACAAAAAGACAGAAGCGAAGUCCUACGCGGGCGAGGGAUGUCCCGGUAAGAAGAUUAAUCUCCUUUGUUAAUUUUUUCCAGCUUUUUUGUUGUUUGGUUGUUUGCCUCUCUAUCAGUUGGCCUACAUUCUGAGUCGAGUACAGAGAGUCGAUUUUUUUCUCGUGAAAUUCUUGCGUGAACUAUAUCAAAACAAGAAAACAAACUAUUCUCUCGUGGUUAGCUUGUUCUGUAUGUCUUUUAUUUUCUUUUUAUACAAAGUUCCUGGAACUUUGAUAUGUUCCCACUAGAAAACGAGUUUGCUGUUGACUCGAUUUCCGCCCUGCCCUCUUCAUCGAUCCGUUCGCCCCCGCUCAACCUCCGAGAGGAGCGUGGGCCAAUUUCCCGAACAGCGGCUGAUAACUGAGCAGAAGUUUAAAGUUUCACAAUAUUUUACCCGCAAAGUUCAUCAGUAAGCCUCAAUUUCGUGUACUCAACCCACGUCUCCUGGUUAACGUACAGAGAGUCACUUUCAGCGUGGGGUUAAAAAUUCUGUGGUGUUUAAAAUUCCUAUGAAUAUAACCUAAUAGUGGGUGUAAUAGUAGUAGGUGUAACUUAUGUUACGUUAGUUACACUAAGAAAACAGUGGUGUAACAAAAUGUUUUUUCUAUUAGAAUGCAAAGACAGAUACCCGAGCUAUUGUAGACAGCGCGUGCAACGAUUCUCGAAAGAAAAAGCCUGCAAUGUACAAGGAAACGACAUGUGUCCUAAAAGUUGUGGAGUGUGUAGUAAGUCAAGAACCUUAUUUUAUUUUGGGAAAAGGGAAUUUGCUCUUAUAUGUAACUAAAUCCAAAUAGGAUAUAUCAGAAACAUUUGACCAUUAUAGUUUAUAUCACUAGCAUUAUUAUUAUAGUUAUCAAUAUCGUUAUUAUCGUCAUCGAUAUUAAUAUCCCUAUCGUUGUCGUCAUCGUUAUUGUUUCGGUUAUUACAUUUUCGUUAUUAUUACCUAAUAGUUAUCGUUAUUAUAAUCAUUACUAACACCACCUCUGUCCACUUCUGACAUGUCACACUUCUUAAUCACAUUUUAGAGAUCAAGGCUGCUGCUCAAAGGCUGCCUGAAUGUCUGGAUUCCCCCUAUGGUUGUUGCUGGGAUCUUACCGCUGCCCUGGGACCUGGAGGAGAGGGAUGUAGAGGUGAGUAUGGAUUACGCACCUCAGUUAAGCCUUUGUAGGACCCGUACCGGGCAUCAGGCCUUACACGCUAUUUAACGUUAUUUUCACAUAGUAGGCCUACAUCAGCAAUAGUACCUCUGCACAUGACACAUGUAACAACAUUGCUUUGCAUUUCUUUUGCUGCAGUCUGUAGGAACCUUUAUACCAGAAUUUGUCGUUUGUGGAACGGGUACUGCCAGCCAAAUGCCUACAAGUUUGUUAAGGAAAGUGUGGUUCACAGAUACAGAAACAGCUGUCCCGUCACGUGCGGAAAAUGCAAAAUAGGACAGAAAAAGCUGGACAUUUCUUCCUUACGUAAGUAG